AUGCAAAACACAGUGAAGCUGAGGCGACUGCUGCCGCUCAGCGCCAGCAGCCAGCCAGCGGUUCCAAACAUUAUAUCGGUACCCAAGAGGAAGAGGCCGCAAGUGUCAGCCGCGUGCAAUGGUUGCCGGAAGAAGAAGAUCAAGUGCGAUGGCGUCCGACCGUGCUGCUACGCCUGCAAGGCCUCGAAUGCACCCUGUGACUACCCCGUCCCUGAGGGUCUAUCACAAAGGGAGGCCCAGAAACAGAAGCUCAGUCAUGUGUCGAUAGCACAUGAGAAAAGCCAGCGGGUCCUGGAACUACUCCGAGCGAAUCGAGAUGGGACCUCUCAAGAUAUUCUAAAGCAAUUACAGCACUCGAAAGACCUUGAUGAGGCUAUUGAGUCCAUAGCUGAUGCUAGUCUGUUGCUUCCGCAUAUUUACAACCAGAGGAGCGACUCGGGAGACCCUGAAGACUUCACAAACCAACCAGAAGCCCUAAAUCGCGAAACAGCAACUAGACAUUUGACAUCAAGUUCCGAUGGAUUAGUAAAGGCCCUGCCAGCUGCCAACUUUGAUCCCGAACCCAUUAUGCCCGUCUCACGCUGGACAACUGUUUCGCAAGACAACAAACUGUUGACCUACCUCAUUGACCUCUUCUGGACCUGGGACGAUACCCUGUCCCAUCUUAUCGACCGAGAGCUCUUCAUCGGCGAUUUGAGCGCCGCCAGGCCAGACUCCUCCACUGACCAGAACCGGGGUUUCUGCUCACCCUUCCUCGUAAACGCCAUCCUCGCCGUGGCUUGUCUACACGCGACGAGGAAGCAGCCUGAGUCGUAUUCAGGAGACAUGGUUGCUCUAAGCCAUAGAUUCGCUAGUCAUGCAUUCGAUAUGCUCGAUAUGGAAAAGUGUGUCAUCUCGUUGACUCUUCUGCAGGGCGCGGCCGUCCUCUGGCUCUUUGUCUGCAACCGGGGCUCUCAAGCGUUCCACACGGAGUGCGCGAGCCUCAGGGACCUGCUCCAACAUACUUGGCUCGCACUUGGCCUCGAUACCGGCAGCUCCGCGCACUUUGGGGAUUCCGGAAAGAAAGAUGCGCAAGAUGCCAGGAUAUUGCAGGCGGCUUCUCACAUUACAUGGGGGUUUUACUGCUUCUUCGCAAAAAUGGCCUUGCUAUUUUCUCCAGACAUGCUGGUCUCGAAGCCGCUCGUCAUGAAAACGUUCGAGAACUUGGGAGUCCACCAAGGGUCCAGCUCACCAGACUCGGUCUCUUCCGCCGGCAGGGAUGGCAUUGCCAGCCAGAUAUCAUACCAACUGCAAGUGUUCAGUGCAAAGUGCUCCCUUUGCGAAAUUACCGACCAGUUUAUAUCGGGCUUCUUGAAGGACGGUCAAAUGUCGCUCUUGGAUAGUAGCCACUGCACGGCACUUUACAACAAGCUGCUUUGUUGGAAGCUGGCACUUCCAGGUCACCUCCUGACCAGCAACGGCAUUUCUCCGUCCGUCUUGCUGAUGCAAGCAACGUACGACUUCGUCGCCUUGAAGCUCCUUUUCAGCUACACGAACCACGCGGGCACCGACCUCUUUGACAACCGCAACGCCGCAUCCCUCCAGAUCCUCCACGCGAACUCCAUAAUGACGAACCUCUGGAUCUACCGAGGCAUCUACACCAUCAGGCACGAAUACUGGGCCGCCGAGUACUGCUCCUUCGUCGCCCACGCCCUCCUCCCCCGGCUCGAAACCGACACCUCGACCCCUGAGAUCCAAGAUACCAUCGGCCGCGCGUGCUGCGUGCUCGGCGAGAUGGAGAGCGCGGGAGUCUCGGGGCGCGCACAGGAGCUGCUGGCCGGCGUCGAGGAGAGGGCGAGGGUCCUGAAGGUGCGGGUGCCGUCGUAUCGGCGGAGGCCGACGGCGCACGAGGGCGCCGUCGCACCCAUGAUUCUUGUGAGCGGUGCGCGAGUCUUUGACGGCGCUAAGGGGGGUAUGCUGGGCCUCGAGGACGAGACGUACACGGUCGGCUUCGGAGAGACUAUUCAGCACGUGCAAGGUCCCGGCGGAGGGCGAGGAGGAGAACGAGGCGAAGGGGCGGCGAAUAAUGAUGCGAUUGUGCAUCGUCCAUCCCGUUGA